AAUAUUCCAUUUUUUCUGAGUGCUCUUUCUCCUUCAAUCUCAAAUCUCUUUCUCUCUCUCUUCUUUGACAAAGCUAGUUAAUUCAUUACCCCUUGCCCUUGUUUGUAUUAAUUACAUCCAAAAAGUCUAUUUCUCUCUCUAGUUAGUUAAUUUCAUUUGCAGCCUCAAAUAUGGAGGCGAUCACUGCUUCCUUAGAGAGAUCUCUUCAAAACUGUUCCCUAAACAACAACAACCAAAACGAGGAGGGUUCAGCUACCAUAGAUGUAGUAGCUGGAGAAGGAAGAGGAGGAGGAGGAGGAGGAAUAGGAAUCUCAUCCAGCAGCAGCAGCUCAGAUGAAAAUCAUAUCUCCAACAAUUCAGAUGCCACUUUAGAGCUCAACUCCAAUAUCUCUCUUCCUUAUCAUUGGGAACAAUGCCUUGACCUAAAGACGGGAGAAAUUUAUUACAUAAAUUGGAGGAACGGGAUGAAAGCAAAGGAAGAUCCAAGAAGAGCAGCAGAAAGAGAGUGUGAAGAAUCAGAAGAAGAAGAAGAAGAAGAAGAAGAAGAGAGUUGGUAUGACAGUGAAGAAUCUUCAUCUGAGUCUUCAACAAUAAUAUCAAAAGAGCAGUAUGAUCAAAGAGAAGUAAUAGAGAAACAGAAUGUUCUUGUAGUUGCUGGUUGCAAGAUCUGUCUCAUGUAUUUCAUGGUGCCAAAACAAGUUGAAGAUUGCCCAAAAUGUAGUGGUCAACUUCUCCACUUUGAUCGAUCCGAAAAUUGCUCUCCUUAAUUCAUUCUCAAUUAAAUUCAACCCUUUCUUUUCUCUCUUUUUUUAUUUCAUUCUAUCUGCGACUUUGAACUUAGUUACAGAUCUUUCUUUCUUUUUUUUUUUUUUUGUUUAUUUAUUAUUAUUAUUAUAUUUAGGAUGAAAUUUUUCAUCUUUUCAACCAAGAGACAUUUCCUCGUGUUUGUUUGCUUUUUCA